AUGGUUUUGGCUUGGCUCUGGGAGACCUUCAGAUCUCAACGUGUGACUCUCCCCCUCCUAAGCUCCCUCUACACUAGGAUGUCGAAGGUUCUGCACAGGGGGCUGAGGACGUGUUUUUCAAGACUCGGCUUUUUUAUUGCCAGCCAUCCAGUAUUUUUUGCAUCAGCACCAGUGCUGAUUUCUAUCUUGCUAGGGGCCAGUUUUAGCAGGUACAGGGUGGAGGAAAAUAUUGAAUAUUUGCUGGCCCCUAAACACAGCCUGGCUAAAAUAGAAAGAAACCUUGUAGAUAGCCUUUUUCCAGUGAAUCGUUCCAAGCAUCGUUUAUAUUCUGAUCUUCAAACCCCUGGAAGAUACGGCAGAGUGAUCAUCACCUCUUCCAGAAGAGCAAAUAUGCUGGACCAGCAUCAUACAGACCUUAUUUUAAAGUUGCAUUCUGCAGUGAAAAGGAUUCAAGUUCAAAGACCGGGUUUUAAUUAUACUUUUGCUCACAUAUGCAUGCUGGGCAACGAAAAGACCUGCAUAGUGGAUGACAUAGUACAUAUCCUGGAGGAACUAAAAGCAGCUCGCUCACUUAACAAAACAAACUUUGUAAUAACCUAUCCCAUCACAAUGUUAAAAGACGGUAGGGAAGUAUACAAUGGGCAUCAACUGGGUGGUGUCACAGUGCACAGUAAAGAUCGUGUUAAGUCUGCUGAAGCUAUCCAGCUAACCUAUUACCUUCAGGCAAUUAGUUCUAUGAAUGAAAUUGUGGCGGAGAAGUGGGAAUCAAUUUUCUGUGAGACUGUGGAAAACUUCCAGAGUUUAAAUAAAGAAGUCAAAAUGUAUCCAUUUACUUCAUCAUCUUUAGGAGAGGAUUUUCAGAAAACCAGCAGGGUUUCAGAACGCUACCUGAUCACAAGCCUUAUCUUAGUGGGCUCACUGGCCAUCAUUUGUUGUUCCAUGCAGGACUGCGUCCGCAGCAAACCUUGGCUUGGGCUGCUUGGAUUGGUAACUAUCAGUCUUUCUACACUAACUGCUGCUGGAAUCAUCAAUUUAACUGGUGGAAAAUACAACUCUACAUUCCUUGGGAUUCCAUUUAUCAUGCUAGGUCAUGGAUUAUAUGGGACAUUUGAAAUGCUGUCUACCUGGAGGAAAACAAGAGAGGAUCAGCAUGUGAAAGAAAGGAUUGCAGUUGUUUACGCGGAUACCAUGAUCUCUUUUUCACUUACUACUGCUAUGUAUUUAGUCACCUUUGGGAUUGGUGCCAGUCCCUUCACAAACAUUGAAGCUGCAAAAAUAUUUUGCUGCAAUUCAUGUAUAGCAAUCUUUUUUAACUACCUCUACAUCAUAUCAUUUUAUGGCUCUAGCCUUGUGUUUACUGGUUACAUUGAAAACAAUUAUCAGCAUAGCAUUUUCUGUAGAAAGGUGCCAAAGCCGGAAAUAUUACAGGUCAAGUCAAUAUGGUACAGGUUUCUUAUGACAGCAAAAUUUAGUGAAGACACAACUGAUGCAGAAGAAGUAAAUUCUUAUGAAAGUCACCUUUUAGUGUGUUUCCUCAAACGAUACUACUCGGAUUGGAUAACAAAUACAUAUGUAAAACCUUUUGUAGUUCUCUUUUACCUUAUUUAUAUUUCCUUUGCCUUAAUGGGCUAUCUGCAGGUCAAUGAAGGGUCAGAUCUUAGUAACAUCGUAGCAACCGAGACACGAACCAUUACUUACACAACUGCUCAGCAAAAGUACUUUAGUAAUUAUAGCCCAGUCAUUGGAUUUUACAUCUAUGAAUCUAUAGAAUAUUGGAAUACAAGUGUCCAGGAGGAUGUAUUAGAAUACACUAAAGGCUUUGUAAGAAUAUCUUGGUUCGAGAGCUACCUAAACUAUCUCAGAAAACUUAACAUAUCUACUGGAUUGCCCAAAAAGAACUUUACAGAUAUACUAAGAUACUCAUUUCUAAAAAACCCUCAGUAUGCACAUUUUUCUGAGGACAUUAUCAUACCCAAGAAAUACAACAAUGAGGUAGAAGUAGUGGCCUCCAGGAUGUUCCUGGUUGCAAAGACCAUGGAAACAAACAGAGAAGAACUUUAUGAUCUUUUAGAGACCCUAAGGAAACUUUCUCUAACAUCCAAAGUGAAAUUCAUUGUAUUCAACCCAUCUUUUGUCUACAUGGAUAGGUACGCUUCUUCAGUGGGAGCUCCUUUACAGAACUCAUGCAUAAGUGCUUUGUUUCUAUUAUUUUUUUCUGCAUUUCUUGUUGCAAGCUCUAUCAUUAAUGUCUGGAUAACAUUAACUGUUGCCUCUGUUGAGUUUGGAGUAAUUGGGUUCAUGACAUUAUGGAAGGUUGAAUUGGACUGUAUUUCAAUACUCUGUUUAAUGUAUGGUAUUAAUUACACAAUAGACAACUGUGCCCCCUUAAUAUCAACUUUUAUCCUUGGAAAAGAAUUCUCACGAACUAAAUGGGUAAAAAUAUCCCUUGAAACACAUGGGGUAGCUAUUUUACAGAGCUUCCUAUGUUAUACAGUUGGUCUGAUUCCCCUUGCAGCUGUGCCUUCAAAUUUGACCCGUACACUGUUCAGGUGCUUAUUUUUAAUAGCAUUUGUCACAUUCUUUCACUGCUUUGCAAUUUUACCAGUUUUGCUGACUUUUGUGCCACCUUCAAAGAAAAAAAGGAAAGAAAAGAAAACUCCAGAAAACUGUGAACAAAUUGAGUGUGUUGAAAUGGUGGACUUGGACAGCACUAGAGUGGUUGAUCAAAUAACAACAGUUUGA